GUGUUUAUCAAGAUAAAACAAUCAUAUCAAAUAUUUCAGAAGAAGAUCCAAUCACAGCAACUGAUUUUGAAGGUAUAGAAUAUGCAAAUACUUAAUAACUAUAACACUAAAUUUUACUAUUUCCAAAUUCUUAGAAAAUAUAGAUUUUCAUUUUAAAGAAAUUCAGAACCAGGAUAGUAGUGAUGUUGGCACUCAAAAUCAAAACUAAUACGUUGUUCCAAGGAACCUCAGUGCGAUGCUCGUCAACCUCUUCAAGCAGUUCAUCACCGAAUUCAUCUGACUCAUCAUCGACAUCAUCUUCAUCAGAAUCUGAUGAGGAACAUGAUCCAUUUGGAUCAGAUGAUAGUAUAAAGGAUCCAUUAUACGAGAAUACAAACUCGCCAAAUAAUUCUGAUACAUCGGAAGAAGAGAAUAUACAUCAACCAAAAAAACGAAAACUUAUAAAUAAGACUGAAAUAAAACAAAUGGGUAAAAGGAAAAAGAAAAAUGUAUUAUUAUGGAAAAAAAAUCAAACAAAAAUAUUAAGGAAUACAAGAAAAGCUUACGUUUCCACACAAAUAAAAAAAAAUGAAGAUGGAACAAAAAUUAAAAUGCAAAGAGAACAUCCGCAAAAAUCCAUUCAGUCACCUUGCAAUGAGAAAUGUCGUUUGAAAUGCUAUAUUAAAAUUUUGGAGGAACAACGAUUACAUAUUUUUAAUGAAUAUUAUAGUCUCGGAGAUAUUAAUAAGCAACGAGAAUACAUUUCAUCUAACAUGACGUCAAUAAAUUCAAAAUAUAAGUAUAGCAAUACUGAACAGCCUAGAAACCCGAAUAAUGCAUUCCAUUUUAUAAUAUCAAGCACAAAGGUACGUGUUUGUAAAAAAUUUUUUAUGGCAACGUUAGCCAUAAAUAACAGAACAAUUCAGACGGUACUAAAAAAACAAAAAAGCUGCGAAAGUGGGACAGUGAUUGAGACAGACAAAAGGGGGAGGCACCAAAAUCAUAAAAAGAUAAGCGAUGAAAUUAAAACCCAAAUAAGAAACCAUAUUAAUUCAAUACCUAGAAUUGACAGUCAUUACUGUCGAAGCAGAACAACCAAAGAGUAUAUAGAAGGAGGAAAAAGUUUAAUGGAUAUUCACAGGGACUAUGUAAGUCUGAGCAAAGAAAAAAAUCAAGAUUUUGGAAACUACCAGCUUUAUAGCAAAAUAUUUAAUGAAGAAUAUAAUAUUGCAUUCCAUUUGCCAAAAAAAGAUCAGUGCGAGCUCUGUAUUAAAUAUCAAAAUGCAACAGAUGAAGAAAUGAAGAAAUUAGAAGAAAAGUAUAAUCAGCAUAUACAAGAGAAAGAGCUAAGCAGAUUAGAGAAGGAGACAGAUAAGCAGAAUAUGGACGGUAAUAUAAAAGUGUUAGUGUACGAUCUCCAAAAAGUUUUACCAUGUCCAAUGGGACAAGCAAAUUCUUUUUACUAUGUUUCUAAACUAAAUGUAUUCAAUUUGACCAUUUUUGAUAUAAAAGAAACCGAAGGUACUUGUUAUGUAUGGCAUGAAGGCCAAUGCUUAAGAGGAGCCGAUGAUAUUGGGACUUGAAUUUUGAAAUAUUUAGA